CGGAGGCAAGACAGGCAGCUGCGUCGGUGCAAAAGAUAUCUCGACCGGCCAUGGCCCGCGCCCCGGCCGACCGCUGCCAUGCGGGGUACCUCGUGCUCUUCCUCAUGGGCGUCGCCGCCCUUCUGCCGUGGAACGUCUUCAUCACGGCGGACGGCUACUUUGGCCAGCGCCUCGCCGGUACGCCGGUCGCGACCUCGUUCUUGACCUACUUCUCGAUGGCUUUCAACCUCACCGCCCUCGGCGUGCUCACGCUCAACACCGUGUGCUUCCGGAGUUACCUUCCGCGGCCGUCGGUCAAGAUCACGGUUGCGCUGGUGGGCAUUGCGCUCGUCGUCUUCCUCUCGACGGUCCUCGUCAAGACACCGUCCAUCCAAGGGAUGGUCUUCUUCAACAUGACGAUGACGAGCAUCGUUGUCGCGUCCAUUUGCGCCGCGUACCUCCAGGAAGGCCUCUUUGAGCUCACGGCCACGUUCCCGGAACGCUACACUCAGGCCAUCAUGACGGGGCAGAGCCUCGCGGGCUUCCUCGUCUCGCUCAGCGCCUUUUGCAUCGCGUACCUCCACCUCAACCCUACGACAUUUCAAAUGGCGUGGUAUGUCGGCGACGACGCCACCGAGAGCGCGUUCUCGUACUUUCUCACAGCCUUUGUGACGAUCGCGCUGGCCAUGCUCGCGUUUGCCGCCUUCCUCAAGUCGCCUGUCGCCCGCUUCUACAUGGCGCCGCCCUCCAACGGCGUCGUCGCGUCCCUAGAGAGCCUCUUGGAAGACGCGCCCAAAGGCAAGGUGACCCUCAACCCGGCCAAAGUGCUCUGGCGCGUCCGGUCGUACGCCAUCUCGGUCGUCCUCGCCUUCUUCCUCUCGCUCGCCGUAUUUCCCGUGCUCACGUCGGCGGUCGUGUCGUCGAGCAGCAACAAGACGUUUCGAGCGCUCUUCACGCCGCUCACCUUUGUCCUCUUCAACGCCGGCGACCUAUUCGGCCGCAUUGUUGCUGGCGUCGGCCCGCACCUGCUCUCGGGGCGCGGCCUCGUCCUCUUGUCGCUUCUUCGCCUCGGGUUUUUGCCGCUUUUGGGCCUGUGCCGCCUACAGGCAACAACGCCGACGCACGUUGUCUUGGACCACGACGCGUACCCGCUGGUGCUCAUCUUCCUGUGCGCGUUCUCGAACGGCCUCGUCGUGAGCUUGGCCAUGAUGCAGAGCGCGCACAGCGUCGCGCCCCACCAACGCGCGCUCACGGGCGCCCUCAUGUUCUUUUGCCUCACGUUUGGCCUCACGCUCGGCGCCUUAGCAUCCUUCUUGACCCAUGCCUGGCUCGUACCGAGCUCAUAGACAGCCUCAGACCUAGAAGCUCGUGUGUAUACUUGUCAAUCAAGAAUCAUAUUCUGCCCUGCAGAACCUUAUUCGUA